GCACAGUGCGCUCACGGGGGAGGCGGUCCCCAAGGCGGCGGGUUGUGGUUCCGGUUCCGUCGCGGAGACACGUGAAGGUCGGCGAGUUGGUGCGGAGUUCGUUUCGGCGCGCGUGGCCGGCUGGGAUGGAUUCCUCUUCGAAUUCCUCCGCGGCGGGUUUGGGCUCAGUGGACCCGCAGCUGCAGCAUUUCAUCGAGGUGGAGACUCAGAAGCAGCGCUUCCAGCAGCUGGUGCACCAGAUGACGGAACUUUGUUGGGAGAAGUGCAUGGACAAGCCUGGGCCAAAGUUG